AAAACACGCCCCCCCCCCUCCUCCUCCGCCUCCUCCUCCUCCUCCUCCUCUCUCCAAGCCUUCAUCUCUCCUCUCCACGCAGCAGGAUGAACGUCGUAAAUCAGCUCGUGGCCCAGGGUCAGUUCAGGGUUCUGAAGGUUCCUCUGGGCUUCAUCAAGGUCCUGGAAUGGUUCUUCGCCAUCUUCGCCUUCUCCACCUGCGGCAGUUAUUCUGGGAUGUUCAAGAUGGCGGUGGAGUGUAGGAACCGGACGGAGAGCAACCUUGGAAUAGAAGUGGAGUUUGAAUAUCCGUUCAGACUCCACCAGGUGUACUUUGACGCUCCCAAAUGUAAGGACAGGGACCUAGAGCGGAUCUUCCUGGUCGGCGACUACUCUUCCUCGGCUGAGUUCUUCGUCACCAUCGGAGUCUUCGCCUUCCUCUACUCCACCACGGCUCUCAGCAUCUACAUCUUCUUCUACGAGAAGUACAAGGAAAACAACAAGGGCCCUCUGAUUGACCUGGCUGUGACGGCAGUGUUUGCCUUCAUGUGGCUGGUGAGUUCAGCAGCUUGGGCCAAAGGUCUGUCCGACGUGAAGACGGCGACGGACCCAGACGAGGUCCUCACCUUGAUCACAGCCUGUGAUGAGAAAGAGAACACCUGCAAAGAAGUCCAUGACCCGGUCAUGUCCGGACUCAACACCUCUGUGGCAUUUGGAUUUAUUAAUCUGGUUCUGUGGAUCGGCAACCUCUGGUUCGUCUUCAAGGAGACGGGGAUCAUCGCUCCUUUCAUGCGAGCUCCGCCUCCUCAGGCUAAACCUGCAGCUGACGCCUACGGCCAGCAGGGGGCGUACGAACAAGACCCUUAUGCCAGCAACCAGGGAGGCUACCAACCCGAGUACAACCAGCCAGGAUACAACCAGGAAGCAGAGUAUGGUCAAGGCUACGUCCAGCAGGGGGCGCCCACCUCCUUCUCCAAUCAGAUGUGAGGGGACAGAAGCAGGAAGCGGCGGAGUGAACCAGCAGUGGGUCGCCUGCAACCUACCCACAAUGCAACACUCCUGUCUACCUGCAGCAUUACUGGGCGGGAUGGGUGGGCGAGGUUUGGGAUAAAUGUUCACUGCAGUGAAUCAGUGUGUAAAUGACAAAAAAAUCUAAACGAGGAACCCACAAGUUGCUGAGUAGAACCCAGUUCUUCAUAUUCUGUGGACAGAAUGUAUGUUUGUGUUGUAUAGAUAUCACUUUGAACAGAUAUAUAAUGGUAACUCAACCCUUUCCUCUCCCUCCCUAUUGGACACCUGGAUUUGUUGUUCCAAUAAGCCCCGCCCCCAAAACUAGACCCUCAGCUGCCAAUCAUGAUGCUGUUCAGACUGGGUUCAACAAUGUGAUUCAGGUCAAAACCAAACCAGAGCCUGGAUGAAGAAAACGACGAGCUGCCCGUCCUCCAGCGUCACCUCCCAGCUGUUUGUCUUGCUGCAUGUAAAUACCCACACAGGAAGUGAUGUCAUUCUGGACAGUCUGAACGUAGACAUGGUGGCAUGCAUGCAAACUGAAUCCAAAAGGGAUUCUUGUCAUUGUGAGCCUGAUUAAUGAGCUGUGUUCAGCUAUCUAUUACAUUCCUCCUGAAAAAACGUCCAUCUGAAGGUCCAAACCUCUAUCUGAAGGUCCAAAUGCCCACCUGAAGGUUCAGUUACCUGUCUGGAGGAUCUAACUGAGUGAAAGUUCUUCAUGCUGUCACUGAUGUCCUUCAGCCAUGGCACCGGUCCUGGGUUGUUCUCUUCUCUACAGUCAGACUCAUUGAUUGGUGAACUCCUCAGGUCAGAUUAAUCUUGAACAAUGUGCUUUUACUGUUGGCAGUGACACCAAAAAUCCUACAGAACAAUGUCCCUCACAUAGUUAACAAUAGGGUUUCAGUUUCAGCAGUGAUAAAAACCUAUUCUUUUGGGGGCUGGGUGGAGACCCCAAAAAAGGAGGGACUCCCCAUAAAAUGAAUUCCUCCUCAGGUCUGGUCCUGCCUGCUGGAGGAACUUGGACUUGCAGGCAACAGCUGAAUCCUUCAGAACCUUUUCUCAGGUUUUCCAGUGACCUGCUUAAAAUGGGUUUUUAGCUGAGAUGAAUCGCUGAAACUUAUGAACAGACCAAAAACACCAGAGUGUCUCUAUGACAGGAUGAAUGACAUAAAAAUCUUAAAGCAGCAGAAAAAGCUUUCCAUGCUGAGGCGUGGCACCUUAUUGACAUGCUGGUGUUCCUCCUGAAUGGACACUUUGGAGCUUUAACCUUCAGACGGACGCUUCUUCAGCGCCUUCACAAUGCUUAUCUCCCUGCUCUCAGCCAAUCAGAAGUCUCUCUGGAAACUCUCCUGAAAACUUUGUGAUGCUUCUUCUUGGGUUGUUUUGUUGAAAGUGAAGCUGUUUUUAGCAUCGGUAUCUUCCUUCGCAUGGUGAUGUGGUUCCUUUUUUGUUGUUCAGUAACUGAAGAUCAGUGUGAUUCUACUUACUGUUUUCUGUACAGGUGUGUGAGAUCAUUUCCUGUUGAUGCUUCAUCAGUCUUAUACAUUUUUCUCCUCUUCCAUGCCUUCUAUGCAUCAUUUUAUCAGUUUCUUCUUCUUCAUUUCCUCCUAUCUUCUCCUCUUCCUCAGUUGUUCUUCGUCACGGUUCUCCUCAUGGCCUCUGUGAUGUAACUUCCUGUGAGAUGAAAUUCUGCCCAGCAUCAGUAACCAUGGUGAUGGUGUUGACAGUGAUGUAUGUUUGUGUGACUUGUUGCCAUGGAGACACCCUCUCCUCAUGUUUCUUCAGUGAAAAGUUUCAAUAAAGGAUGAAUCAAU